AUAUAAAAUCUCAUUGUGCGUACGAAAUUUAAAUACACAGAGUUGAAACGCCAAUCGACGUCGUCUUCAUUUCGUGCCAGCGAGUGUUGUAAAUGCAGAUAAAAUAAUUAUUGAUAAUCAUCUCAUAGUGCUACACACCGAAUAAGAAGCACAACAGUGGAAGAUAUUAUGAACCGUUCGUCGCUAACCGCGAUCUGUUUGUGGCUGUGCAGUGGAUGGUGCUGCGGCAUUUCCGAGGCGGGUCUGCUUCCAUCUCAACGGCGGCCAAUCGUUGACCCGCACUCGGUGCCGCUAGUAGACACACUGAAUCACGGCCGAAAUCGCGUGUUCGGUUCACGUCAGCAGCAGAAGAAGUCGGCGGUGGCUGCGACAACGGUAUCGGUACAGGCCCCGUCGAACAGCGGACAGCAGGUGGAUGGCGACCAGGAUGCUGCGGAUACAAUUGGCUUCAACUUCGGCCUGGGCUUCGGGCUAGACACGCCACUUAUCGAUUCACUUCUAGAGCGGUUGUUGAGGCGUAAGCAACUCCUUAUAGCCGCGGCCUCGGCCGCUUACCCGGGUGCCGGCAACUGGGGCGUGGCCGGCGGCGGCGGUGGAGGUUAUUUCCCGGGACCGGCAGUCGUAUUCCCAUACGGUGGCGGCGGCGGCGGUGGCGGCGUGGGUGGCGGUGGUGGUGUUCUCCCGUGGAACAGGCCCGCUGCAUAUCCAUUUCCGUUCGUGCCGUCCAUGAACCCGUUCGGUGGUGGCGGUGGUUUAGGCGGCGGUGGGUGGGGUGGUUUUGGCAGUGGCGGCAUCGGCGGCGGUGGUUGGGGUGGGGGUUGGGGUGGUUUUAAUCCGUUGUUCGAUUUCGACAAUGAUUUUGGAUGGAAGAACAACAACGCACAACAAUAAGCGCUCUCAAAUAUUACGCAUUUAAUUAUUUUAAUUAUGAAUACAUUUUAUAUGAAAAAAUAUCUGUAAAAGUAUGUAAUUGAGAAACAACAAUACAUAUAAUAUAAAUAAAUCGUUUUAAAAAUGGA